UUGCAACAGUUUUCUCGAAACGAUUAAUCGAUAGGUUGUAUCGAGCUUUAUUCGUAAUGUUAUGUUUGAAAAUAAUUCUAACCUAAAUGUUUCGCUAUCGAGAGUAACCAUAAUCUGUGAUAUCGUAAUUAGUCAUCCGUAUUUAUUUCACGAAGGAAUCUUCGAAUUAGAAAGAUGUACAAAUUAAAUGUUUUCAUUGUCUUGUGUUCUUUUUCGAUAAUUAGUUUGGUUACUGUACCAGUUAAAACGAAAUCUUACUGUGAAUUCAACGAAGAAAUCUUUAGUUAUUUUUAUAAUUUAACUAAGUUAUCAAAACCUGGAGAGGAUAUCGAAAUUCAGCAGUCUGCUAAUGAAAGUAUACGAAUGCAAUUAUGUUCACCAUUAAUAAAAAAAUGCAAUGGGAAGGAUGGAUAUUCUAUAUGUCUAAAAAAAAACAACAAAGAAAUAGGAAUAGGAAAAGUAGUACCACAGUUAAUAACUAAAUUUGGAAAGAUAAAGUUUAUAUUUUAUGGUGACGAAUGUAGAUCAGGUAUUAAUUAUAAAGUUGACAUUCUUAUGUUAUGUGAUUAUUCUAUAACAAGUUAUUCAGUACCAACUGUACAUAAACAAGGAAGUGAAUGUCACUUCCAAAUGAUAUGGUCAAGUGCUUUUGCAUGUUGUGCUAACAAAAAGGAAAUAAAUUGUACUGUGACUAAUCCUUCUGAUGAUUCCCAUUAUGAUCUUUCACCAUUGAAAGGAUAUUCAGAAAAUUAUAUUAUAUAUGCAGGAACAAAUACCUCUCUUGAAAUAAUAUUGAAUGUUUGUCAUUCUGUAAUAUUUGGAUUUGGUGCACUCUGUCAAGCAAAUUCAGGAGCUUGUCUUUAUGAUCCUGUGAAAGCACCUACAUUAGGGUAUUUAAAUUUGGGAGAUGUUCAAGAAACUCUUAGUUUUGAUUCUUCUAAUAAUUUAAUACUAAAAUAUGAAAAUGGAGCUAUAUGCAAGGAAAACCAAGAGAAAGGACAGCAGGAAGAACAUAUUCGAACAACUAUUACAUUUAUCUGUAAUUUAAAAGCUAAAGAUACACUUCCAGAGGUAACAGAAACUGAUGGCUGUCAUUAUCAAUUGACAUGGAUUACAGCAGUUGCUUGUAGCUUAGAACAAUUACAUGAAUAUAGUGUAAAAACAUCAAGAAGAUGUAUUAUAGAUAAUCCUAUUACAAAUUUUAUGUAUAAUUUAGACUCUUUAAUGGAUAAAGAUUUUAAUGUCACCUCAUCUCGAGGUACAAAGUAUAAAUUCAGUGUAUGUGGACCUCUUAUAAAUAAUACAUGUAAAGCAGGAACAGGAGUUUGUCUUGAAGAAAAUGGUACAUCUCUGGGUAUGGCUAAUACAAAUCUGAUGUGGCAGGAAGGUGGACCUUAUUUAAAUUAUACGGACGGUAACAAAUGUAAUGAUAAUCAAUACAGUCAAACAUUUAUUGCCUUUUUUUGUGGACCUGAAGGAUCAUCAAAUGAUCCAAUUAUUAUAGAAGAAAAUCCUUGUCAAUUGAUUAUUCAUUGGAAUCUUAAUUUGGUUUGUGAAAAAAGAAUCAAAUGUAAUAUUCCAGAUACCGAAGUUACUUUAGAUUCUUUAAUAAGUUCGACUAACAAUUAUAUUGUACAAAUAAAUCGUACUGUAUUUUAUAUAAAUGUAUGUCGAACUAUAAUACCUACUCCAGGCUUAAAUUGUACGCACGGCAGUGGGAUUUGUAAAGCUUCAUUAAAUGCUAAUAAUGAACUUGUAGAAGAAGUUAAUUUAGGUUUUCCUAAAGAAACACUAAUAAUAUAUAACAAUCAAUUAAUGUUGCGUUACAUCGAAGGUUCGGUCUGUCCAGAAAAAACAGACGUUAAGAUUUCAUCAGUUUUGAUAUUUUUUUGUAAUAACAUAAAUGAACAUUUGCCAAAAUUUAUAAAAUAUAGUAAGUGUACAUAUGUUUUUGAAUGGAGAACUAGUGUUGUUUGUGGAACUAUCUUGGGCCACUGGAUCCCACCGUGCGGAAUAAAAGAUCAAUUUUUUUUAUAUCAAAUCGAUCUUUCUUCAUUGUAUAAAAACCAACCGAUACAUUAUGUCCAAAGUGCAAACAGAAAUUACAGUAUAAACAUUUGUGGAGAACAGAAAAAUGGUAAUGGAUCAAGUAUUGCAGUGUGUGAAGACUGUAAUAUUUAUGGACCUUUAUCGUACAUUAUUUUUGAUUUUUAUCAAAACAUUAUAAAAUUUAAAUAUCUUAAUGGCAGUAAAUGUUUAAAUAGUUCCUAUAUGGCGGAAAUCACGUUUAUAUGCGACGAAACGAGUGAAACUGAACCAACGCUGACAUGGGAAUCAGAUUGUAUAACAACAUUUGACUGGCACACGAAUAUAACUUGUCUUAAUCAAACUAACGUAGGAACAAGAUUUAGUUUUGAUGUUGGACGGAACAUUCGAAAAACUCCUACUCGUAUCGGCCUGGUUGCUAGUAUCGUAAUUACUUUAUUUAUGUUUCUGCUAGCUUCAUGGUAUUGCGUUAAACCAAAUAAGAGACGCUAUUUUUUGCAUUCCUGUUUUAAUUUUUUCAAAUCCAGAAGAAAUGGCCGUGUUCAAUACCACAGGAUCGGCACUAACGAGCAGGCUCGUCUUUUAUUAGAUGCCAAUAAUGAUCCAACGCAGUGUCAAUCGGAUAGCGAUGAUGAUCUUUUGGAUGCAUAGUUGUAUUAUUAAAAUAAUUUUUUACACUUUUAUUUAAAGAACACAAUGAUGCGGCAGUGCUUAAUAUCUUUUAAUAUUUUAAUCGCAUAAAAUAAAGUUCACUGUUCUCUUAUAAUAAUUAUAUAUAUAUAUAUAUAUAUAUAUAUAUAUAUAUAUGUAUAUAUAUAAUAUAUAUAUAUAUUUAUCUUAAAAAUCAAGUACAUGUUACCAUUAACUAUAAAAGAAGAAUCGCACAUGUAGAUAAUGAAA